UAGCCUUGCAUGCAUGUACCUAUGGUGUCGCCAAUUUUAAUGGCGCCCCUCUUUAGGAUUGUACAUGGUCGCCAAAUGAAGUGGAGACACCAUGCAAACACAAAUUUUUAUGCUCUCAUCCAUUUUCCUAUAAAUACAUCCACUCCUUCAACAAUUCUUCCACACCAACAUUCUCACUACUUCAUCUACAAUACUUCUUUUACAAUUUCAUUUUCAACAACAUCUUCCAAUUUCAUCUACACCAACUCCCCAACAAUAUGUCUUUACUCACAAUGGGUGAAGCACACAGAGGAACAGUUGCAAACAUCGCAACAUACGUUUCGAACUCGAGUCCACGAAUUUGUCCCAAUGGACCCGAUGAUUCAACCUUAUGUUGAACUCGCCGGUUUUGGUCAGAUUAGCAAGAUUAUGUCUUGGUCUAUAGAUAACAAGUUCAUUCUAGUCUUAUGCGAAAGAUGGAGGCCAGAGACACACACAUUUUGGUUUCCAACCGGUGAGUGUACCGUGACGUUAGAAGACGUCUACAUGCUUUUAGGACUACGAAUUGAAGGCAAAGCUGUUAAUGGUAAGACCAACUAUGCAAAUUCAAUUUGCAUGGAGCUUUUAGACACUGAUUUGUUAGAUGAUAAUGCUAGAGGUCAAGGUAUACUACUCUCACGCCUAAAGUCAUAUUAUAAUAGUUUAUAUUUAGAUGAGCAUUCUACCGAAGAUGCUCGAAUAAUCAAAACUAGGUGUUACAUUAUGUUGUUACUAGGAUCCUUUUUAUUUCCCGAAGGUAGUGGUUCUAGCAUGCAUAUUAUGUACUUACCUCUACUUAGAGAUGUAGAUAGAAUAGGUAGUUACAGUUGGGGAUCCGCAUGUCUAGCCUAUCUCUAUAGUUCGUUGUGCAAAAACUCCCACAAAGACACAUCUACAUUUUCUGGAUGUGCUGUUUUGCUACAAGCAUGGGGAUGGUCAAGACUACCGUCUCUAGCACCGGUCAAUAACAACCCUUUCACUUUUCCAUAUGCAAAAAAAUGGUCGGCACGUGGUAUGAGUUACAGCAGAUGUCCGAGACACUGUAUUACUCAGUAUCGCAACCUGUUGGAUCACCUUCGACAGACAGACUUCAUUUGGCGUCCAUACCUUAAACUGGAUCAUGAGCAUGAGGUCAACCCUGAAGACGCAGCCGUAUGGACAGCAUGCACACCGAUAAUACGGUUCACAACAGUGGAGAUGCACAACACCGAUCGUGUGAAGCUGCAGUUCGGUAUGGUCCAGAAUAUCCCAGAUCCCCCAGCUAGCCUACGAGAAUGGCAUAUGCGUAAAGUGAACGACCAAUGGAACUUCAACCCUUGGCAAACCUUCGCAAGAUCGGAGUGUCGCAAGUGGAAGCACCGUCAUGACCAUGUCUUAACUAACGCAGUCAUGCCAAAUAAGGUAUGGACGCAGCCGUAUGGAGAGCAUGCACACCGAUAAUACGGUUCACAACAGUGGAGAUGCACAACACCGAUCGUGUGAAACUGCAGUUCGGUAUGGUCCAGAAUAUCCCAGAUCCCCCAGCUAGCCUACGAGAAUGGCAUAUGCGUAAAGUGAACGACCAAUAGAACUUCAACCCUUGGCAAACCUUCGCAAGAUCGGAGUGUCGCAAGUGGAAGCACCGUCAUGACCAUGUCUUAACUAACGCAGUCAUGCCAAAUAAGGUAAAACCAAGUCGUACUUAUAUGGCUUGGUACAGAUCGGUUGGAUUUCAAUUCAUCGCCGAUGAUAUGUACCUCUACGACCCACGCCAGACAAGUUACACACAAGAAGGAUCAACAUCUAACCCCCAACAACAUUCUCAGCCCGGUUACUCACAACCACCUAUCCGUCAAACUUUCCGUUCCACAAACACACAAACAUACAACCAAAACAUACAAUUCACCCAACCCCAAUACCAAGAACAUCCCCCAUACCACCACCAACAAAUGGACCAUCAACCUCAGACCGAACAUCGCUUCGCACCCACACCAUCACCCUACCAAAGUCGCCUUAGCCAAAACACUAACCGCCCCUCCUCCUACCGUAGCCAAGAACCCCAAACAUCACAAUACCAAAACAUCCCACAACCAUAUCUCUUCCAAACACCCCCAACAACCUUUCCAACCUUUCCUAGACCCAUCAUUCACACCCAUGUCUCCCUUCAACCGUCCCGGUCGCCCAUCCAUGAGUCAACAACACCCCAACUUCUCUGGCAUGGGUCAUGAGCUCAGCUACGCCGGUACACCAUCAUUGAAUAUUGAAGACUAUGCUGAGUUGGCUGAAUACCUCAACGGAUCUUCUCCUGUAGGAUGCAAUGACGCUCCUGGACCAUCAGAUGAACAAACACCGGUGCAGAAUCGUCAACGUGGGUUAGGGCCAAGGGUUAGGAUAGCUAGGGGAUAUGGGACCGGAGGUCGGUUAGGUGAUCCCGGUCAUCACCAUUAGGAUUC